CGGCCAUGUGCAUCGCGGCUUGGGCGUGGCAGUCUCACCCGGCGUACGGCCUGCUCCUCCUCUUCAACCGCGACGAGUACCACUCCAGGCCGACGCGGCCGGCGGAGUGGUGGCCCGCCGCGGGGGAGGAGGGCGAGCAAAUCCUCGGGGGCAAGGACGAGGUAGGCGGGGGCACGUGGCUGGGGUGCACCAAGGCCGGGAAGCUGGCCUUCUUGACCAACGUCCGGGAGCCUAGCCCCCGGGCCGAUGCGAGGUCCAGAGGGGAGCUUCCCGUCAGGUUUCUCCAGGGCAGGCAGGAUCCAUUGGAGUAUGCGACAGAAAUUGCAAAGGAAGCAGAUCAGUACAAUGGCUUUAAUCUUAUAUUGGCCGAUGUGCAUUUACGAACCAUGGUUUACAUUUCUAAUAAACCCAAUGGUGCUUCUGUGGUUCAACCAGUUUCCCCUGGGUGUCAUGUGCUUUCUAAUGCUGCUAUUGACUCCCCUUGGCCAAAGGCGCUGCACUUAGGACAGAGUUUCAAUAGAUUUCUUGCAGUUCAUGAUGAUGCAGAAGUCUCUUUGAAGCAGAUGGUUGAAGAGCUAAUGACAGACACCGUCAAGGCUGACAGAUCGGCGGUGCCUGACACUGGCGUCGAUUCCGAUUGGGAAUACCAGCUAAGCUCUAUAUUCAUCGACACGGAGAAGGGACAGGCACGAUAUGGGACAAGAAGCAUGGCUGCCAUAGCGGUGAAAUUGGACGGCGAGGUAACUUUCUAUGAGAGGUGCCUGGAUAACAACUUGUGGAAGGAAAAUCUCAUGCGAUUUCAGAUGGAGGUGGCAAAAUAACCGGAGUGGAGAGUAAAAAAAAAAAGAGACCAGCCAGGUCUUGCCCCGGCUGGCGUUGCUUUAUAGAAGAAAGCUCCGCGAGCAGAGCACCUGUCAAUCCGGAGAUUCGAGCCAGGGUGGGCAGUAUGCGCUCUAGCUGUGCUAACAAACAUUAAGAUACUGACAGUUCGGAGUGACCAUUCAGUUUCUUUGCACAGUCAAGCUGAUGGUGGCAAGUAGCCAGCAUCACCCUUUGUGCAUAGUCAAUGCGGAUUCGUUACGAAGAAAUCAGUGAUUUGUUCUUCCGCGACGAUGAAUGACAAGUUCACAACUGCACUGGAUUUCGAGUUCUCCAGCUACCUAAAA